CAAAUAAGAAAACCAGGGGUGGGGACCUGGAAGGAAUCAGUAUUUUUGGGAUGUAGUGUCAUUCGUGUUCAAGCAACAUCCCCCCUCUUCCUCCUUCUCCUCCUCCUCGGUCCGUCCCCCCCUUGCCCCCCUCCUCUUACGUGUCCGGACUCCGUUUCCGCUCGGCGCUGUUUGGCCGCUGACACGCAGCAGAGGGAGGAGAGGGAGCCGUGGAGCUGACAAAGCAGCAGAGACUGACAGGGAGAGGAGGGGAGAAGGAGAUGUCCGACCUGCUCCAUCGAGAUUCGGCUACAGCUUAGCGCUAAGUGCUACCAGGGGCUCGGCUCACAAAACGAGACGAGGGGGGCUCGAGACGUGGUUAAAAUGCUCCGAAAGGAACCAAGCAGCGUCUCGUAGAGGCUCCUUCAGGAUCUCGGCUCUGCGUAGCGGAAAUCUGAGAGGGCAAACAGGGAGGAUUCAUGGAGAAUCCGAGCAGCUUAUUCGUGCAAAACGUCUGGAUUAUCUGACUGGAGCGUUUAAAGUGGAAACGGUGCUUUUUUCUGUUGCGCCUCUCGCAGCCUGUACACCAAGUGCUUUCUGGGGUUUAGGGAAUGGAAGGUAUAAAAGUCUACCUGCACGAGAGGGAGUUAUGGAUGAAGUUUCACGAGGUGGGCACGGAAAUGAUUAUAACCAAAGCUGGACGGAGAAUGUUCCCCAGCUUCAAAGUGAAGGUCACGGGAUUAAACCCCAAAACCAAAUAUAUUCUCCUGAUGGAUGUUGUUCCUGCAGACGAUCAUCGAUACAAAUUUGCUGAUAAUAAAUGAUUAUUCUGAACUCGAUGCACAAAUAUCAGCCGAGGAUUCACAUCGUGAAGGCGGAUGAAAACAACGGAUUUGGUUCCAAAAACACGGCCUUCUGCACUCAUGUCUUCCCCGAGACAGCCUUCAUUGCGGUCACUUCCUAUCAGAACCACAAGAUCACCCAGCUGAAGAUUGAGAACAACCCCUUUGCUAAAGGCUUCCGUGGAAGUGAUGAUAUGGAGUUACACAGGAUGUCCAGAAUGCAAAGCACCAAAGAGUACCCAGUAGUGCCUCGCAGCACGGUUCGACAGAGGGUUGGCUCCAGCCAGAGUCCGUUCAGUGGCGACGUCCAGGGCAUGGCCACACCCAGCUCCAUGAGCUCGCAGUACUCCCAGUGUGAGAACGGGGUUACGAGCACCUCCCAGGACCUGCUGCCUCAGUCGGGUUCCUACCCGCUCCCACACGAGCACAGCCAGGAGUACUGCAUCAAGAGGAAAGUGGAGGACGACUGUCACUCAGGUGAGCACAGCUACAAGAAGGCCUAUCUGGAGAGCUCUUCCAGCGAGGAGGACCAUUACUACCGGCCUGUCGGCUACCCCCAGAGCCUCAGCCUUGCCAGUGGGCCCUACCGCAGUGAAUCAAGCCAGCGACAGGCCUGUAUGUACGCCAGCACCUCGCAAGGCCCAGAAUCUGUUCCCAGUUUGGAGGACAUCAGCUGCAACACCUGGGCCAGCGUCUCCCCUUACGGUAGUUGUUCUGUCACCACCAUGCAGCCGAUGGAGAGGCUGCCCUACCAGCACUUCUCCGCUCACUUCACCUCAGGGUCUCUAGUGUCCAGACUGGGUGGCGUGGGAGGCCACGCCUCUCCGCAGCUGGGCGAGGGUCACCACGCAGCCAUGUACCAGAGCUCCAUGACCCACCAGACUCUGGGCCGGCAGUGCAGCCCCGGGGCCGGGAUCCAGUCGCCAACAGCCGGCUUACAAGGAAACGAGUACCUCUAUACACACGGCAUCCAGCGCACUCUAUCACCACACCAGUACCACUCUGUACACAGUGUCAGCAUCAUGCCGGAGUGGAGUGAGAACAGCUAAAAGAAAGACAAGAAGAACAAUAACACAUUCCUUUAUCAAUCAUCAGAUGCUGAUAUUAAAAAAAAGACCUCUAAGGAACAAAACAAGGCAGAGUUUAGAUAAAUUUAUAUUUAUAUUUUUAAGAAUGUGUUGCAAUUACUCUUAAUAAAACCAACGUUAUUUGGAGAACAGCGGAUGCAGCGGAUGUUGUUGUCCAGGAGAGGAUGUAUUACAUCAUUAAUGACACCCAUAAACAUGCAACAAACAUGAACCAAAUUGGAGCUGGAACUCAUCUGCAUGUCUGCUCCUGGGCAGAGAAGCUCAACAGACUGACUGCUGACUUGUGCAGUUUUUGUUUUCUUUUUUGUUUUUUUGUUUUUUGUUUUGUUUUGUUUUGUUGUUGUUUUUAUUAUUUUUUGGAUGUCUGUGAUAAGUGAAUUUAUAUUUGUUAUUUUUAGGAUGUUUCUCUUCAGACACAACUCAAGUUCUCAUCUUCCUCAACAGUUUUGUAUCUAAUUUAAUCUUUGAAUGUGCUCCUGUUAAGAGGUUUUAUUGUGGUUCCAGUGAAUGUGGCUGCUUUUAAACCUGCCAGAAAGAUUUACUUUUAUCACUA